AUGGCGUGCAAGCUUAAAACAAAGCUCAAUUGUGAUGAAUAUACCAUCUAUGAUCGGUCCGCAGCGCCUGGUGGUACCUGGUGGGCAAAUAAAUCCGCAUUUUACACUCUUUCGUUCGCUCCUAACCCCGACUUCUCCAAUGUCUUCCCUCCACAGGCGGAUAUUAUAGAAUACUUCAACGGUGUGGUGGAGAGGUUUGGUGUUUAUCGGCAUGUCGUUCCAAAUACAGAAUGGGUAGGAGCUUAUUGGCAAGACCUUACCAGCACCUGGCUGGUCAAGUUGAAGGACUUAUCCACUGGUGGCACAUUCUAUCAGGAAUGCAAGAUACUUAUAUCUGCUGUUGGUGGUCUGGUAAAUCCGAAUACCUUCGAUGUUCCAGGUGUCGAUACCUUCGAAGGUGAUAUUAUUCACACUGCAAGGUGGAAGACGGACACUUCUCUUCGCCAAAAAGACGUCAUUGUUGUUGGAAAUGGAUGUUCAGCAGCUCAGCUUGUACCCGCCAUUGCUGAUGAGGCAAAGAAUAUAACACAGUUUAUGCGCACACCGCAACAUUACGUGGAAAAUGACAAUAUGCAAAUCAGUGGCAACUGGAAGAUGCUUUUUCGCUACGUGCCGGGCGUUUUGUGGAUUCUUCGGAUUAUCAUAUUCCUCUACCUGGAAAGCACGGCCACCAGGUUCAAUGUGGAUGGAAGCGGCAGCUCCAGGGCCAGGGAAAAAUCAUCCCGCAAAAGCGAAGAAUAUAUCAAAAAAUAUGCACCGGAGGAGUAUUGGCCGCUCCUGAUACCAAAGUAUGAUAUUGGAUGCAAGCGUCGUGUGUUCGAUAACUCCAAAUACAUUGGAUACCUCCAACGAAGCAACAUUCAUCUUACAGAUGACCCAAUUGUGGCUCUCCAACAACAUUCAGUUAUGACACAGUCCGGUCAGCAGUACCCUGCGGAUAUAAUUAUCCUCGCCACCGGGUUCUCUUUGACACAGUAUGAUGUCGAGCUUAUAGGUCGGAAUGGUCACAACCGCAACGAUCAUUGGAGUGAAUACGGCUACAAAGAGGCGUAUAAGUCGAUUGCCAUGUCUGGUUUUCCUAAUUUCUUCUACGUCUUAGGUCCCAACUCUGGGAAAAGUCACACGUCCACUAUAUAUUCCAUUGAGAAUUAUACCAACCUGAUUACCCGUGUUAUUGCUCCGAUCAUCAAAGGUCAUUCAAGCUUUGUUGAGGUCAAAGCCGAUAGAGAAAAACUGUACAAUCAGAGGUUGCAUGCAGCCAUUGCCAAAACAGUUUUCAACAAUUCAUGUGGCAGCGUAUGUCACUCAAACCCUUAA